GUGAUGCAGCCUGCUGGUACCGGAGUCGGAAGCAAAACGUCAAUACAAGCUUCUGCAUUUGCGAAUAGAAUAAUAAUUGUAGAAUAAGACCAAACAGUGUACAGUACACCUUUCUGUAAGUUAAUUAAGUUCUAAAGUGAUGGAAAACAUAGCACGUACUCACGAGGACAUCGAGUCUCACAUCCGGGACUUGCAGGCCAAGAAGAAGGAGCUGAACGCCGAAGCGGCAAAGGAUAAGGGGGUAGGUUUGGCCGACAGAGGGUACUUCGACAUUGAUCUUUACGAUGGCGGUGAUACCAACAGCAAAUACGAAGGAUACGUCACAUCGAUCGCGCCAAACGACGACAUCGACGAUGAGGAGGACGAGGGCUUGCCCAUCGGGCGGAACAACCGACCCAUGGGUUACACGGCACCGGCGGCACUGCUCAACGAGAUGGGCCAGGGCGAGGACUACGAUCCGUUUGCCGAGCGACGUAAACCGACGGUGGCGGAAAAGGAGGAUGAGUACAGACAAAAGCGAAGACGGCUGGUCAUUUCACCGGAGCGUGUCGAUCCGUUUGCAGAUGGAGGCAAAACGCCGGAUGUGGGCUCGCGAUCGUACACGGAGAUUAUGCGCGAACAGAUGCUGAAGGGCGAGGAAGCAGAGCUUCGUAAGAAAAUCCAGGAAAAGGCGAAGGAUGGCUCGCUGAAAAUCAAUUCGACCGCGCAGGCCGCGAAACCGGCACCGGUCGAGGCGAAGAAGCGUGGCCGCUGGGAUCAAGCAGUCGACGAGCAGUUUGUAGCGCCGAAGAAGCUCGCCGUGCCAGCGACCCCAUCGUGGGAUGCCGAGAAAACGCCAGCCGACCACCGGUGGGACGAAACGCCCGGACACAAGGGCAGCGAGACGCCCGGCGCCACACCGAACGUGCGCAUCUGGGACGCAACACCGGCCCACGUGUCCGGUGCGGCGACCACGCCCGGUCGGGAAACGCCCGCCGAAAAGUCGACCAGGCGGAAUCGCUGGGACGAGACCCCGAAAACCGAGCGCGAAACGCCGGGCCACUCGUGGGCCGAAACUCCCCGGGCCGAUCGCGUGUCGGGCGACGGCGUGCUGCUCGAGGGCACGACGCCCGCCUCCAAGCGACGGUCGCGCUGGGAUGAAACCCCCUCGAAUGCCACCCCGUCGGCAAUGACGCCGUCGAUUGCGAUGACGCCGACACCGCACGGCACGACGACGCCGGGUCACGCGACCCCGCUGCUCACGCCCGGCGGCACGACGCCCAUCGGGCACAAGGCGAUGGCGAUGGCUACGCCGACGCCGGGCCAUCUCGCGUCCAUGACGCCCGAGCAGCUGCAGGCGUACCGGUGGGAGAAGGAGAUCGACGAGCGCAACCGGCCGUUCACCGACGAGGAGCUGGACGUUAUGUUCCCGCCCGGGUACAAGAUUCCCCCGCCGGCCGGCUACAUCCCGAUCCGGACGCCGGCCCGCAAGCUGACCGCUACGCCGACGCCGAUCGCCGGCACACCGGCCGCCUUCUUCAUCCAGACCGAGGACAAAUCGGCCAAGUUCGUGGACAACCAGCCCAAGGGCAACCUGCCGUUCAUGAAGCCGGAGGACGCGCAGUACUUCGACAAGCUGCUGGUGGAGGUGGACGAGGACGCCCUCAGCCCGGAGGAGCAGAAGGAGCGCAAGAUCAUGAAGCUGCUGCUGAAGAUCAAGAACGGCACGCCGCCGAUGCGUAAGGCGGCCCUGCGCCAGAUCACCGACAAGUCGCGCGAGUUCGGCGCGGGCCCGCUGUUCAACCAGAUCCUGCCGCUGCUGAUGAGCCCCACGCUCGAGGACCAGGAGCGCCAUCUGCUGGUGAAGGUGAUCGACCGCAUCCUGUACAAGCUGGACGAUCUGGUGCGCCCGUACGUGCACAAGAUACUGGUCGUGAUCGAGCCGCUGCUGAUCGACGAGGACUACUAUGCGCGCGUGGAGGGGCGCGAGAUCAUCUCGAACCUGGCGAAGGCGGCCGGGCUGGCCACGAUGAUCUCGACGAUGCGCCCGGACAUCGACAACAUCGACGAGUACGUGCGCAACACGACCGCGCGCGCGUUCGCCGUCGUCGCAUCCGCGCUGGGCAUCCCGUCGCUGCUGCCCUUCCUGAAGGCGGUGUGCAAGAGCAAGAAGUCGUGGCAGGCGCGCCACACCGGCAUCAAGAUCGUGCAGCAGAUCGCGAUCCUGAUGGGCUGCGCCAUCCUGCCCCACCUCAAGUCGCUGGUCGAGAUCAUCGAGCACGGGCUGGUGGACGAGCAGCAGAAGGUGCGCACGAUCACGGCCCUGGCGCUGGCGGCGCUGGCCGAGGCGGCCACGCCGUACGGCAUCGAAUCGUUCGACUCGGUGCUGAAGCCGCUGUGGAAGGGCAUUCGGACGCACCGCGGCAAGGGGCUGGCCGCGUUCCUGAAGGCCAUCGGCUACCUGAUCCCGCUGAUGGACGCCGAGUACGCGAACUACUACACGCGCGAGGUGAUGCUGAUCCUGAUCCGCGAGUUCCAGUCGCCGGACGAGGAGAUGAAGAAGAUCGUGCUGAAGGUGGUGAAGCAGUGCUGCGCGACGGACGGCGUGGAGGCGCAGUACAUCAAGGAGGAGAUCCUGCCGCACUUCUUCAAGCACUUCUGGAACCACCGGAUGGCGCUCGACCGGCGCAACUACCGGCAGCUGGUCGACACGACGGUCGAGAUCGCGAACAAGGUCGGCGCGUCCGAGAUCGUGAACCGCGUGGUCGACGACCUCAAGGACGAGAACGAGCAGUACCGCAAGAUGGUGAUGGAGACGAUCGAGAAGAUAAUGGCGAACCUGGGCGCGGCCGACAUCGACUCGCGCCUGGAGGAGCAGCUGAUCGACGGCAUACUGUACGCGUUCCAGGAGCAGACGACCGAGGACGUGGUGAUGCUGAACGGGUUCGGCACGAUCGUGAACCAGCUGAGCAAGCGCGUCAAGCCGUACCUGCCGCAGAUCUGCGGCACCAUCCUGUGGCGGCUGAACAACAAGUCGGCCAAGGUGCGGCAGCAGGCGGCCGACCUGAUCUCGCGCAUCGCCGUCGUGAUGAAGACGUGCCAGGAGGAGAAGCUGAUGGGCCAUCUCGGCGUGGUGCUGUACGAGUACCUCGGCGAGGAGUACCCGGAGGUGCUCGGCUCGAUACUGGGCGCGCUGAAGGCGAUCGUGAACGUGAUCGGCAUGACGAAGAUGACGCCCCCGAUCAAGGAUCUGCUGCCGCGGCUGACGCCCAUCCUGAAGAACCGGCACGAGAAGGUGCAGGAGAACUGCAUCGAUCUGGUCGGGCGCAUCGCGGACCGCGGCCCCGAGUACGUGUCCGCGCGCGAGUGGAUGCGCAUCUGCUUCGAGCUGCUCGAGCUGCUGAAGGCCCACAAGAAGGCGAUCCGGCGCGCGACGGUCAACACGUUCGGGUACAUCGCGAAGGCGAUCGGGCCGCACGACGUGCUGGCGACGCUGCUCAACAACCUGAAGGUGCAGGAGCGCCAGAACCGCGUCUGCACCACGGUCGCCAUCGCGAUCGUGGCGGAAACGUGCCGCCCGUUCACCGUGCUGCCCGCGCUCAUGAACGAGUACCGCGUGCCGGAGCUGAACGUGCAGAACGGCGUGCUCAAGUCGCUCUCCUUCCUGUUCGAGUACAUCGGCGAGAUGGGCAAGGACUACAUCUACGCCGUCUGCCCGCUGCUGGAGGACGCGCUGAUGGAUCGCGACCUCGUCCACCGGCAGACGGCCUGCGCCGCGAUCAAGCACAUGGCGCUCGGCGUGUACGGGUUCGGGUGCGAGGACGCGCUCAUCCAUCUGCUGAACUACGUCUGGCCGAACAUCUUCGAGACGUCGCCCCAUCUGGUGCAGGCGUUCAUGGACGCGGUCGAGGGGCUGCGGGUGGCGCUCGGCCCGAUCAAGAUACUGCAGUACACGCUGCAGGGCCUGUUCCAUCCCGCCCGCAAGGUGCGCGACGUCUACUGGAAGAUCUACAACUCGCUGUACAUCGGCGCCCAGGACGCGCUGAUCGUCGGCUACCCGCGCAUCACCAACGAUCCCAAGAACCAGUACAUUCGGUACGAGCUGGAGUACAACCUCUAAGCUUCUGGUCUUUUGUGUGGCUCGGUGAAACAAGUGUUCGCGCUCCAAACACGUGCGAAAAUGUACAUAACUCAUGGAUAACUGAAUAAUUGUAGCGUGUUAGUUGUAAGGGAAGCGACCAGGCUAUCUAGGCUAUCUGCAGCACCGACGGACGCAUCGAACGAUUUGCUCCCAUUGGUUCGGUCAGUCCGGAUGGUAGGCGUCGCGUCGUGUUACAGUGUUGGUAAACUGCAUCAUUAUAUUUGAUAACCAUCUUACAGAAAGGAACAGUGAACAGGGCACAGGAAGCAUCGUGAACGAAAAGGACUCUGGUUCCCAAGAAUAGACGAAAUUGUGUAGGGAGAAGGUGAAGAGUUAUGUUUUUACUUUAGCCCAUCUAUGAUAAGUAUUGCUCCGAUAGUGUGCACCACAAAGGCAAAUAAAUAUUUUUAGCAACAAUCACAA